AUAUUCUUACCUACUUGAGCAGUGUUUUGCUUUGCCUUCUGAAUAAGUGGCAGGCGCACAGGGGGAGGGAGGAGAAGUUCUAUAGUAGUUUUUGUAGUAGCUUCACCUUCUCCUCUUCACCAUGGAGCCUCCGCUACAUUUCUACCGCGAGGAAAUCAAUAGCACGGUGUGGGAAGUGCCGGAGAAAUACACGCGCCUCAAACAGAUAGGCACUGGGGCGUACGGCUCCGUCUGCUCAACAACAAAUGAGAAGACUAAAGAGAAAGUGGCCAUCAAGAAGCUCCACAGGCCCUUCCAGUCAGAGAUCUUUGCUAAGAGGGCCUACCGAGAGCUCCGACUACUCAAACACAUGAAGCAUGAAAAUGUGAUAGGACUCCUUGACGUGUUUACUCCUGCCUUAGGCCUGGAUGAUUUCCAGGACUUCUACCUGGUGAUGCCUUACAUGUUUACUGACCUGUCGAAGGUGCGGGGUCAUCUCUCAGAAGACAAAAUCCAGUUUCUUGUCUACCAGAUGCUCUGUGGCCUCAGGUACAUUCAUAAGGCUGGAAUCAUCCACAGAGAUCUUAAGCCCGGGAAUUUGGCUGUUAAUCAAGACUGUGAACUGAAGAUCCUGGACUUCGGGCUGGCUCGCAGUACUGACGCUGAGAUGACAGGCUACGUGGUGACCCGUUGGUACCGGGCGCCUGAGGUCAUUCUGAACUGGAUGCACUACACCCAGACUGUGGACAUCUGGUCUGUGGGCUGCAUCAUGGCAGAAAUGAUCAAUGGAAAAACUCUUUUCAAAGGGAAAGACUACAUGGACCAGCUGACUCAGAUCAUGAAAGUGACAGGCGUGCCUGGACCAGAGUUCAUACAGAAGUUGGACACGCCUGAGGCCAAAAAUUAUGUGAUGGCCCUCCCUCGUUAUCCCAGAAAAGAUUUCUCAACAUUGUUUCCCAGAGCCAGUUUGAAUGGAAUUGAGCUGCUGGAAAAGAUGCUAGUUCUCGAUGGAGAUGAGAGGCCCACGGCCGAACUAGCUCUAGAGCACCCAUACUUCGACAGCCUACGGGACCCAGAUGACUUCCCUGAGCCUACGCCAUACGAUGACAGCUAUGACAAUGCCACAUUGACCCUGGAUGAGUGGAAGCGGUUAUGUUUCAAAGAAGUAAAAAGCUUUGUGCCAUUCCCACGGCGGGACUCCAAGAGGAAAAACACUCUGACAAUGUCUUCAUGACCCAAUGAAUGUCAUGUAACUAACGAUGCCCCAACCUACACGAUGUACGACCAAUGGUGCCCUUGUAUGGUCCAACCCUGGAUUCAGUUUUCUUCUCUUUCACUCUGGACAUGUUUAGAUUUAGAUUAGAUGUUCAGAAGAGUGAUUAUUUUAAAAAAUAUCCCCUAUUUUUGUUAAAUAAUGUGCAAUUGUUUCCUAGCCUGAACACCAACUUCUGUGCCUAGAAUUUCUUUGUGGUGGAAAAUGUGUCUAGAGUCGCUCCAUUGGGAACUGAUGCUCCAGCAAAGCUCUGCUGGACCAAUCAAAUCAGAUUUUUGCUUUAUGCAGUAAUAUACAGAAGAGUAAUAGCAGUGUAGUCUUACACAUCAUUUGGUGGUCAUGGAGCUGAAUUUGUUUACAAUGUGGGCUGUUUAGAGGCUGCUAUCACCCGCAUUUUAAAAUAUACUGAAACGGAAAUAAUGGUCAAAGAGCAAUAAAGUCAUUUGUUGAGAAUGCCUUAAUCUCUUAAUGUCACAUACUUUGUUGCUCUGAUUAGUUGCAUAAUGCGGGGGAUUUUUUUCUCUCUCUUUAUCGGUUGAAACAUGCCUCAAAAUGAAAUCCCAAUGGAGUGUUACCAGACUACUGCGCUAGGCUAAUUGUUUCCUGAAUGUAAGUUGACCUUUGUGUUACACAUUCCCUAUCAGUGAAUUGUGUUAUUGUAAUACUGUUUUCCAAUUAAACAAUAAGACAAGA